CUUCUCAGGAACACCUGAAAGUUAAGCAGGUAAAUAAGGUGAACAACAAUCUGCAGAGAGAGAGAGGGAGAGAGGUGUCCAGUUCUGAAAAUUACCCCCCACCUCCCCCCACAGGCCUUCCUCUAACUCCUCCCUCCUGCCUCUCUCUCCCAGGCCUUCCCUCUGCUCCCCAGCAUUUCCCCAGCAUCCUCUCUGCCAUUCAGGCAUAGAGGCUCUCAACUAAGAAAUGUUUUUUGAGUGUCUUCCGCAUCCUUGGCACCAUGGCAGCAAGCCCAGACAGGACCAGGUCCCUGGCCUGAUGGCACUGAGAGACUGCAGCCAAGUCAGGAAAACGAGGGAGGCACACAAUGAACAGACAUUAACUAUGUAAUGGGAGACAGGGUGAUAGCACAGGGUAAGUGGUCGGGAAGGAAGGUCUCUCUGAGGAGGUUUUAGGCUAAGAAUUGGAAAUUUUAGGUUAACCCCACCAGGUAAGGAGUCAGGGAAAAGUGUUCCAGGGAGAGAAAACAGCAAGCGCAAAGGCCCUGAGGCAGGAAAGAGCUUGUUGGGUUUGAAGAUCACUGUGGCUGGAGCCUGGUAUGUGAAAGGGAAGGAGAGGAAAUGAGAUGAGAGAUGGAGGCAGGGCUGGGUCACUUAGAGCUCUGUAGACUGUGGUAGGGAGGAUGGGUUUUGUUCUCAGUAUAACGGGAAACCUUCUGAUGGCUUGAAGCAAUGCCUUGAUGGUGGCUUGUGCUGCUAGUUAGAGAAUGGACCUUGUAUGAGAGAGGGAGGCAAGGAAAAACAGGGAGAUCCAUUAGGAGAUGUAGCAAUUUUCUGGGUCGUAGGAAGAGAGACAGGGCAGUCAUUAGGACAGGUGACCAAGAAGUUUAGAAGUCUAAGGGUCCUGGUCAGGGUCUCUGAGUGAUGGGGCUCUAAAGUGCAAGGAAAGAAAUGAAACCCCAGCACUUCUCUUCAUAAUGGGUCGUUUCCCUUAACGGGAAGUUUCAGCUUCCUGAUUCUGGGGCUCUUGUGAGAUGGAUUUUGGGGGAAGAAAGUGAGACCUGCUUGCCCCCUUUGGGGUCAUCCUCUCAGCUUCUCUCUGGGAGCAGAGCUGGGUGGGGGUGGUGGGGAGAGUUUCUGCUCCAGUUCUGAAGCACCUCUGGUCUAGUGGGGAGGAAGUGAGUCAGUGGUCCCCAGUCCCCAGCCCCUCCCCUAAGACAGGUGUUCUACUUCCUCCUUCCCACCACAAGGCCUCCAGCCUCCUCUCCCUCCACGGACUGCCCAGACCUUUGUUGGGAGAAGUCAGAGGAGUCCUGAAUGGGACUCUGCUGAAUGGGACAGACAGCUCCCUUAUGGCUGAAGUGUAGGGGGCUCAGUGGGAGAGAAGAGGCCUUUUUUUAGCCCAAGGGGUGAGAGAGUUCUGGAUUAAAUCCUGCCCCAUACCCAGGAAGGCCCUGCCUGAAGGGGUAGGCAAGAGCAGCCUAGGGCCAUCUCCCACAGUCCCUCUUCCCCGUCUAUUGCCCUGUAUAGGGAACCACCCACCUCUGCCUCCAGGACAAACCCGUCUUCUCAACACCUGCUCUGCUGAGGGCUUAACAACGAUCAUCUCAAUUUUUAUACACUCUCCUGAGGGAGGCCUAUUAUCCCAAUUUUGCAGAUGAGAACAGAUCUACACAGUUCAGGAAAGCCAACGCAGAGCCCAGGUCCCUAAACUGCUUCUUCCCGGCAAACUGGACCUGAAGCAGGUUGGGGCUGAAAGAUAAAUGUAUGGAUGAAAAAAACGAAUGAAGGGGCUUGUGGAUGCUGGGAGAGGCGGACAUCAAAGCCAGAUUGUCCAAGCCCUCUCCAGGUGUGGCUGCGCUCCCAGGGUCCCGGUGAAAGAUGGAGGGAAGGGGAUGGGGGCAGUCUGGUCCCGGAGAUGGGCGUGAGGAAGGCAGACACCGUUGGUUGGCCCCAAGGUAGGCGCGGAGGUCUGGGCCCUGCCUCCCUCCCUAUCCAACGCCCACAGACCCUAGUCCUUACUAGGCGCGCCAUAAAGAGCCGGUGAGAUUUGGGCUCAUCUGCAUUCCUGGCAGUCAGCGGGUACUCAGUAAAUGCUGACGAACGGAUGACUCUCCGCAGAAGGGUCUCCACGUGCGGCCCGCUAGGCUCGGGGGGCGGUACUUCGCCCCCGGUUCCCCGCGCGCCGCCUAAUCUGCCCCUCGCAGGACCCGGCGGUGCGAGGGAACGCCCGGGGCGGGGCCAAAUUGGGGCGGGGCCUGCGGGUCCGGGCCCGCUGGGGUCUGUGGUCUGAGCUGGGAGAGGUCUAGCUCGGAGCUUGGCGCUCGGAGGGGCUGGAGCCGGGGUGCGGAUGCUGGAAGUUCACAUCCCGUCGGUGGGGCCCGAGGAUCCCAGGCAGAGCCCAGAGAAAGGCCACAUGGUGUUCCGAGUGGAAGUGCUGUGCCGCGGGCGCAGGCACACCGUGCAGAGGCGCUACAGCGAGUUCCACGCACUGCACAAGCGGAUCAAGAAACUGUACAAAGUGCCCGACUUCCCCUCAAAACGCCUGCCUAACUGGAGGACCAGAGGAUUGGAGCAGCGGCGGCAGGGCUUGGAGACCUAUAUCCAGGGUGUCCUGUACCUGAACCAGGAUGUGCCCAAGGAGUUACUGGAAUUCCUGAAUCUUCGGCACUUCCCCACAGAUCCUAAGGCCAGCAGCUGGGGCGCCCUGGGGGAGUUCCUGCCGCUCGACAGCAGCUCCCAGCUGCACCACCGGCCUGUCGUCAGCUUCCGCGUGGAUCCCUACAUUUGCAGUCCAUCCCCAGAACCUCUGCCCAACGUGGUGGUGAAUGGCGUGCUCCAGGGCCUCUACGGCAUCAGCAACAGGCCAGCUGAAGCUCAGCCAGAGGCAUCUUGUGACCCUACUCCUUUGCCACCGAUGCCCUGACCAGCCCAGAGGCCUAUGGGCCACCUGCCAGGACAGGCAUGUGCCUCAGUGUAUGUGCCCCCUUCUCCGAGGAGGCUGGGUCCCCCCUGGCCCCAACCCAGGACUUACUUACCCACCCCAGGUGCCAGGGCAGGGACAACAGGGGAUAAGGAAUAAAGGGAGAAGUCCAUUUAGAGGUAGGCUACGAAAAGAUAGAGAUGUACUUCUUCCCCUACACCAGAAGGGGGCAGGGGACAAGCAAAGGGUUAGGCACCCGAGUAGCAAAGAUUAGAAGCACGGAGCAAAAGCGCCUGCUUGCUAGUUGUGUAGUUACCUUGGGAAGAGGGUGCAGACCAGAGUCCCUGAAGGGGACAGGCACCCCCUGCCACAGGAAUCCCAGACAUGCUGGGACAGGGACUUGGGAAGGUGCUUCAGGCCCAAGAACCCGGCCCAAGAACCCAGCCCACACGCUGGUUUAAAAAAAAAAAAAAACCCACCAUUUUUUUAAUUGGUCAGCACUGGUAGGACUUUGUUACAAAACCAGGCCGGUAGGUAGGCCUGCGGAAUGUAAAGGGAGGGGUCCGCUCCGUCAGAUGCCAGCACGAGGACCAAUGCAGCACGGAGCCCUGUGGCGGGCGGUCUUCACCCGUGGGAAGGCAACAGGGCCGCACAGACGGUAGUUCAAAGGGAAGAGGUCCCUGGGGCCCUACUCCUUGGCGAUGGCAAAGGGCUUCUCCACCUCGAUCUUGCCACAGUCUGCGAUCGUCACAUCCUUCAGGGGCUUGUCCCGACUGUCGGUCUUGGUGCUCUCCACCUUCCGUACUACCUCCUGGGAAGGAAGGCAGAAGAGCACAGUGAGUCAGGAGGUCCACCCCUCAAGGGAGAAAGACCCCAGAAUAUGGCCGGGGAAGGCUGAGCUCCCCGUGGGAUGAACAGCAUGCAAACCUCGAGGCACCCGGAUGCUAAGGGAAUCCUAGCCAGGGAGAGCCCAGCUUUGAUGAGAGGAUGCAGCAGUUUCAAUCCUCUGCCGUGUGACCAGCUGAGCUAAGGGCGAGGAGGACGAGGGUGGUGGGGGAGCGGGUACCAAGUGGCUUCUCAGGGACAUCGUGUUCGGCUGUGUCGGCAUAUCACGGAGUGAGUGAAACGGAGGCUCCUGCCCUUGUGCAGGCUGAAGACUUGAGAACUUGGGGGCAGAGAGACGUAGGGUAGUUCUUGACUCCCCCCAGGUUUGUAUACAUAACACUGAGAAUCUGGGUUCCCUGCUGGGAGAGGGAUAAACUAUGUGGCGCCCCAGCCCCCCACACUCACCAUGCCUUCCAGAACUUUGCCGAACACCACAUGCUUGCCAUCUAGCCAGGCUGUCUUAACCGUCGUGAUAAAGAACUGGGAGCCGUUGGUGUCUUUGCCUGCAUUGGCCAUGCUCACCCAGCCAGGCCCGUAGUGUUUCAGCUUGAAGUUCUCAUCGGGGAAGCGUUCACCAUAGAUGCUCUUUCCUGGGAGGAAAGAGUAGGUCAGGGAGCCGAGUUGGCCCAAACCAAGCAGAUCUCUGGGGUGAGGAUUCCAGGGACUCAACCUAUCUUCGGUGUCAGGCCAAGUCUAGUGGAUUAUACAGACAUAAAAGCGGUCCCCUUCCUACCCUCUGGUCUUAGAGCCAAACCAUACCGACAGACCAAGUGGGGCAUGAAGCCAGGCUGAUUUAGUAAACAGCUCACCGGAUCGAUGGAUUACUCUGAGAAUAUGGCUUUUAAUCAGUGGCUUUUAAAUACGGCAUAGAUCAACAGCUACCCUUGGCUAUGGCCUGGGAGGUCUGCCACAGGAACUGAGGUACUCUAGUAGAGACAGGUGCUAUGUAGGGGGCAGGGGAGGUAAAGAACUCUCCAGAAGAGGAGGACAGCUGUGGCGCACCAGUUUUUCUUCCUAACAGCACAGAAGAUAAUUGAGAUGAAUGGGGAGGGGCUGCCACUUGGGUCCCAGGCAAUCAAGAGCCUCCUAUCAAUGAACACAAAAUAAAAGCUGUUGGUGA